AUGGAUCACCCCGAACCCAGCUCUGCUGCCAUGCACAGCGCACAGCGCCGACGAGGCUCUGUAGGCACCAGCCAACUUCUUGAUAAUAUUGUCUCCACCUCUAACUUCGACCGAGACGAAGUGGACCGACUGCGCAAGCGGUUCAUGAAGCUCGAUAAGGAUGCCUCCGGUACCAUCGAUCGCGACGAGUUCUUAUCCCUCCCCCAGGUGUCAUCCAACCCAUUGGCCACGAGAAUGAUUGCUAUCUUCGACGAGGAUGGUGGUGGUGAUGUCGACUUUCAAGAAUUCGUGACUGGUCUCUCAGCAUUUAGCUCCAAGGGAAACAAGGAGGAGAAGCUGCGUUUCGCAUUCAAGGUCUACGAUAUUGACCGUGACGGCUACAUUUCCAACGGAGAGUUGUUUAUCGUGCUGAAGAUGAUGGUCGGCAACAACUUAAAGGAUGUACAGCUGCAGCAGAUUGUGGAUAAGACCAUUAUGGAGGCUGAUAAGGACGGUGACGGCAAAAUCAGCUUCGAGGAGUUUACUGAGAUGGUCGAGAGUACGGAUGUGAACUUGAGCAUGACCCUGAUUUAG